AUGUCUGUGUUGGAAGAUAUUGAGACUAUAUUGACUGACUAUGUGAAAGAGUAUCAAGACAUCAAUGGGACAUUUGUUCAUAUAUAUGAUAAUCCACCUACUCCUCUUGAAUUUUUGAGAACAAGUGUACAUCCAAAUAGACCUGCCAUUAUCAAAGGAGCCUUUGAUCACUGGCCUGCACGCCAUGGUUGGACAAAUGAGUAUCUAAGAUCAAAAAUAGGCAAAUCAGUUGUAACAGUAGCAGUGACACCAAAUGGAUACGCAGAUGCUGUUACUUAUGAUCCUCUGACUAAAAAGGAGUAUUUUGUGAUGCCGUAUGAGCAAAAAAUGACAUUCAAUUCAUUUUUGGACAUAGUUGAAGGUAGAACACCGUCAGAUAAUGCAAACUAUAUCUCUCUUCAGAAUGGAAGUCUAUCACUAGAAUAUAGUGCACUCGAAGAGGAUGUGGAUCCAGACAUUGCCUGGUGUAGCGAAGCACUAGGCAAACAACCAGAUGCAGUUAACUUUUGGUUUGGCGAUGACAAAAGUAUUACUUCUCUACAUAAGGAUCCGUAUGAAAACUGUUAUGCCGUUGUCCGUGGACAAAAGACAUUUAUUCUCUUUCCACCUGCAGAACACUAUUGCAUGCAUGAAUCCGUAUAUCAAAGUGCUGUGUAUGGACCAAAUGAGAGCACAGGAAAGCUCGAGAUAAAGCCACUUGAGUCAACUACGCCUUGGAUACCCGUCAAUCCCCUUUGUCCUGAUUUCAAUCGCUUUCCUAGAUUUCGCAACGCACAGCCAAUCAAGGUCACCAUCAACGAAGGAGAGUUACUUUAUUUACCAGGUAAACUGAUGCCCCCUAAUGCUACAUAA